AAAGGAAUAAAUAAUAUCUUGCUUUAGUUAAAAUGAGUGAUACACAUAAUGAAGAUGUCCAAAAGUUGCUGGAUGUCAUAUGUGCACAACAGAAAUUAUUGCGUGACCGAGGUCUCGUGCAGGUCAAGUCUGCUCUUCCUACUCUCUCACCCACAGCACAAGGAACCUUGAUCACCUGCUUGCUGGAUAUAAUUGAAAAUAAUGAGAGUCCAUGGGAAAGUAAACAUGGUUCUCUGGAGACUCUGCAGAUGAUGGUGAGUGCAAGCCCCAGUCUAUGCAGCAAAAGUGAACUAGAGAACAACUGGCAGAGGAUGAGGAGCCAAGCACAGAAUUUGCUUGUUGAUCCUGAGGCCCGUGUGAGGCUUUCUGCUGGAUGUCUUCUUGGAGCCAUGUGCUCCCAGGAUAUGGGGGAGACGUUUGUUCUAAGCAGAUCCAUGGUAAUGGAUUUGGUCCGUAAUAACCUGGAACGUCAGUUAUUGGAGUCGGAUGAGCCAUUGGAAGGAGGGCAUGAUGCUGGAGCUGGAGUGACUUUGGAGCAGCUCAAGCAUAAGCUUGUCAAUGCAGCUGCUCGAGAACGGCGCAUGAGCAACAGCAGCGACGCAAAGCAGAUAUUCCAUGACACUGCAGGCUGGCGCAACCUCGAGUCCAGCCUCAAUGCUCUCCAGCAAAUGAUUGAGGGAAGUGGUUCCCAUUUUGCUAGAAUGUGCGACGAGGAGCUUGUUAUGCUCAUACUUUCCACGCUACAGCACCCCAAUAGGUUCGUCCGGGAGACGGGCUUUGGUGUGUGUGCUGCACUCGUUUCCUGUAACUUUGAAGAGGAGUUUUCGGACUCAGUGCUGAGCUGCCACGGCAGCGUCUUGGUGCAGCACCUUGCACUUGGUCUUGCUGAUAACUGGAGUCAGGUGAGGCUCGCUGCCAGCAUCGCCAGCCGCAAGUUCCUGACCAAUUUGUCUGCCUCGUCUCGACAUUCUGCGUACCCCGCAUUGCUGCCUAGAAUUUGCCUCAAUAGGUACUACGUAGCGGAGGGAGUGCGUUUGUACUCUCAGGAGACGUGGCGUCAGGUGACCGGGACGGAGGGCAAGGCUUUGGUGCUGCAGUACAUGGAGCAUGUGAGCUUCCCUGAGGAGGCCAGCUUCACCAUGCCUCAGCUGUACCCGCUCUUCUUUGAUAACUUGCAGGACAGUAUACCAAGCGUGCGUCAGGGCGCGGCCGUGGCACUAGGGCACGUGGUGCAGGCGUACGCUGGGGACGCUCUGGCCAAGGUUGUGCCGCUCCUGAAGGAGAGGCUGCAAGGUGUAGUCAAUCAGAGCAGCGAGACGGAGCGGUACGGUGACUUGCAGUCCGGACCUGCAACCUACGGCGUCGUCAAGCAGAGACGCGACAACGACAUCAGCCUGCACGAGGACAAGCAGAUGUACUCGUGCGGGUCGCUGGCCCCCAAGAUGGGCCGCGGGGGCGGGUGCUCCGACUGCAGGUUCCGCCGCCCCCCGCAGCCCUGGGAGGCUGCUGAUGGAGCUGUGUGGCUCCUGGGGGAGCUGGCCAUCGUAGGCGGCCAUCAGGGGCACGUGUCUGUCAUUGACUUGCUGCCUGUGUUAUCGGAAAGCUGCCGGGCGAGGCACUACACGCAGCACGUGGCGCUCCUAGAGACGCUCUGCAAGAACUUGCCUCGCAUUUGUAAAGGCAUUGGCAAGAAAAGCUUCAAGCCUCACCUCCAUCUCUUCAUCGACCACAUGUUCUAUGCACUGGAGUGUGAGAACAGCCUGACCAGCUCAGCCGCCAGUCAGUGCCUCACGUCGCUGUCCACUGACAUCGGUCCGAGCAUCUUCAGGGCCCGUAUUGAAGAAUACAACCCCAGCUACUUGCGAGCUCUGGACGCCAACAACUACAGCUCCCCUUUGUGAGCUGCAGAGUAGAGAACCGUCGCUGCUUCCUGCUCGUCGAUCACACGCAUUUCUGCUCACUCUACACGACUGUUUACUACUCAUCUGGGGCGGUACUUUCAUAACAAGUUUAGAGCGCGUAAGUUUAUCGGUCAAUCACUGACGGCCUUUCAAGCAAAAGGCACCAAUCACUUAGCGUACUUUAGCAAGUUUUUGAAAAUACAGCCCCUCAUCUUUUGCAUCGAUCCUAUUUUUUAGAAAAUUCUUUUGUCAUUCUACGAAAUUUCUGAACUCUCGAUUUAAUCUUAAUGUUAAUUAAAAAAUAUCUCUACCCGUGCUUUUGCUAUGAAUUAUACAGCAAGUAAUUCAGCUCAAGUGAGAGCAAAUUGUCUGUUUUGGAACUUGUUUCGUUCUUCAAACUUUUGUAUUCCUUUAUCAAUAUUAUUUGUAAUUUUUCUUUUCCCAAUAUCCCUAAAGAAGUUUUAAAGUACAUCAAAUCGACUUCGUGUGGUUCCUAAAACUAGGCAUUAUACCGUUUCCUAUUAUCAUAAUAAUUUCGAAAGCUUUCGAGUUGAGUUAAUUAGCCCUCUGUUAGAUACAUUCUUCAGCAGGUGUUUAUUGUGCCAACCAUACAAAAAGUAAGAAUGUAGGCGUACAGAGUAGCAGAAAUGGCAUUAUCUUAUUAUGUUUACACAUUCACGCUUCAAUGUUGUGUAUAACUUUAUAUAUCGCCUCGUCGUGCGAUUCUAUUUGUCUUAAACUUAGAUCGUCUUAUGUCUCACUUAUUGUUAAAUAAUUCUUUUGACUUAUUGGGCCGUGAAUGAUGAUCGUGAUAUUAUUGGACUACAUUGUCUAUAAUUUUUUUCAUUAGUUGUAAUGUUUUCUGAGCAUUUGAUAUGAUUUAUUCUUAGCACGCCUAACUAGUGUUAACGAUCAAUAAUACGUCGUGGUCAUGCUGUCGUUCACUCAGGUUAUGUUGC